AUGAUGAGUGGCGGUGGUGGUGUUGUCCCGCCAGUGCUACUCGAUGAAGCCCGAGUGCCACGGUUCUAUCGCGAUGCCAUAGCUGCCUGUGGCGCCACACAACAAAAUAUGCUUCCACAUACUGCUUUAGUGUACAAUUUGAUGGUAACGUCGGGUUUACCAAGACCAGUCCUUUCCUACAUAUGGUCAGCGGUGAAUCGAACACUUCCUGGUCAGCUGACUCGUCCGGAAUUCUUUUCCUGUUUGGCACUCAUUGCUUUAGCGCAGAAGGGCGAAUCCUUGGCAGCUUUAUCGACAAUGUCUUCACUUCCCAUUCCAUUUCUCCAGUCUGUGCAAGUGCCUCUAAACCAACCGCUGGCCGCCCCUGUGGUCAAUGUAGCGAAGCCUACAGCUCCUCCACCUAAGGAACAGCGCCAGGGUUCAUCGUUUAUUCCUACUUCCCUGCUGAUGGGGAGACGCAGCCAUGCGAAAAAGAAGGAGGUGGAUUUGAUGGGAGAAGCUCUACCACAAACGACGAAAUCGGCAGGCCAAGACGAAGGAGGAAUGACAUCACCGGUCCUUCCACCCCCUAUACCAGGUCCAUCAAAGUCAGGGCACCAGAGUCAUGUUACUACAAACUCGGUCACAAACGGUUUCAAUGCUAAUUCGAACUCAGCGAUGAAUGAUUUAUGCAGCAUUGAUUGGUCUUCAAUGGCUCCCACGCAAGCCGCCACAGCUUCGCGUGACUUGAACUCUCCAACAACCGGCUCGUCGAGAAGUGAUGAAGAUGGUGAGAGUUUUGCUAUAUUUUGUCGACAGCGAAGCAGUUUCUCGAUGGCCUGCUCGACAGCAUCGGAAAUCAACGGCUGCGCUCAAGUAACCCAUGCGAUCAGUACAGAAUUGCUGGAGUGCUGGGAAAAAGUCAUCGGAAAUAGGAUUCUCCAUACGUUUAGACCUUGUGCGAUCUGCUGCCAGCCGGUGUCUCGAGCAGUCUACUUUGGUGGUCAAACAUAUCACUCGGAAUGCGCCAAUUUGUGGGUGAAUGAUGUGAACUCGCUGCUCCCGAAUAUGCAUUUGGUUUCAUAA